GGGGCCGCAUCUCCACACGCAUACACACUUGAACAUUGCUUACAAGCAUGGAGGCGAUUUAAUUCACAAGAAGAAACAAGCUUCCUUUCUGAGAAUCGACCCGAAGGGAACUAAUCCACUUUCAUAAUCCGCACGUCACGUGGAACGAAUUUGGACAUGGCCUCAUCUUUUCAUCUGCCGAGAAGCACCAGAAACACGUUAGAGAACACGAGCAGCGAGUCUUCUGACAAUGAAACUGCAGAAAAGGAGCGGUCUGUCGAGCAGAGAAGUGACGAUGGAAACGCGGAUGACUCCAAAAAGAAGAAACAGAGACGGCAGAGGACUCACUUCACCAGCCAGCAGCUGCAGGAGCUGGAAUCCACUUUCCAAAGGAACCGAUACCCGGACAUGAGCACCAGAGAGGAGAUCGCCGUGUGGACCCACCUCACAGAGGCCCGAGUCCGGGUCUGGUUUAAAAACCGAAGGGCGAAGUGGAGAAAAAGGGAGCGUAAUCAGCAAAUGGAUUUGUGUAAGAACAGUUAUCUGCCCCAGUUCAGCGGCUUAAUGCAGCCUUACGACGACGUCUAUCCGGCGUACACCUACAACAACUGGACCAACAAAGGACUGACUCCAACCCCAUUGUCCACCAAGAACUUUGCCUUCUUCAAUUCCAUGAGCCCUCUCACGUCCCAGUCUAUGUUCUCAGCCCCAAACUCCAUCUCGUCCAUGAGCAUGGCGUCCGGAAUGGGACACUCUGCCGUGCCCGGCAUACCCGCGACGGGUCUGAAUAACAUCGGCAAUCUCAAUGGCGUCGGCAGCGCCACGAUCAAUUCCGCCAUGAGUUCGUCCACAUGCCCGUACGGGCCUCCGGGCUCCCCGUACAGUGUGUACAGAGACACUUGUAACUCCAGCCUUGCCACGUUAAGACUGAAAUCAAAGCAGCAUCCAUCUUUUGGAUAUAGCGGCUUGCAGAGUCCCGGCUCUAGUGUGAACGCGUGCCAGUAUAAUAGUUGACUAAUUAAACCGCAAUAAAUGGAUAGCUGGACCAAUGACAACCGUAUUGGAUUAGGUGCAAUCGGCAUUUUAAAACGGAUUAGCGGAUUGUCUGUUUCUGAACUUGCACAACAAUUCAAAUGUCCAUUCAAGUGGACUUAUGAAGACAGUUAUAUUCACACAUUGUAGGCUACAUAAGCUAUAACGUGGAACAAUGAAACAACAUUUGAAAAUGGGAACAAUUGGUUUGUCAAAGCACGAACCUGUCAUUAGACCUCGAUCGCCUUUAGUCUUAAAUCGUGUUUGUGAGUGAUGUUCUCUUUUAUUUCAUGUCAUGCAGAGGUCGUGUUGUCCUCCUGGACUAGUUGUUUCAUUCGAUAGAUUUACCGCAUGCUUAUUCCAAGUGAAAAAAAUAUUUUUUAUGAAAUGUAUGAAUGUGUAGACUAAACAACAAAGCUAUAACUUUAUAUUGUACUCAUGUUGAUUGAAAAUUGUGCUUGUAUGUUUAUGGCAAUGUUUCGAAUAAACCUAUACA